CUAAAAUGCUUCAACACGACAGAACCCCACUCGCCGUUUUUAUCGUUAUUGCUACCCAGUUGAAUUAUUUUGUUGUUGCAGCUCAGAGUGGUGCUUUAAGUCACCUGCUUCACCCAGAGGACCCAGAGUGUCCCUUAUCUUUAUCAUUCUUACCACAGACCCUUUAUCUUUAUCAUUCUUACCACACUCCUGGUCCUGUGGUGUAAAAACCAAAGACCGUCAUCAAAAUGUCGAAGAUCUGUUCUGCUUCUUCCUCGGGUCAGGUGCUCCAGGGGCGACGCAUCCUGUCUGCUAAAUACCGCGUUCCUCCAUCCCGUCUCGACGCCGUUGCUGGCUAUUACAGAGAUCGCUUUGGCAUGCAAAUGUCUUCAUCGGGUUCUUCUGGUACUAACGUGGUUACGCAGCUUGCCUUCCCACAUUCAGUCAAUUCCUGUAAUCUGCAGUUUCGCACUAUCAGCAGCUCUACUGGUGCUAGUACAACUAGUAGUAGUGCUGCUUGUGCUUCCUCGUCCGCCAGUCCUCCUCCUGCUGCUUCAUCAAGCAAACCCUUGUACUGGAAAAUUGGCUUAGCUGUGGACGAUGUGAACGCAUGUUUAGGACGAAUGGGGAGUGGAGACCGUGGCUCUCAGUUUCUAGAUGUCGGCUUCCUAGAACAUGUCCAAGAUCCAAUAGGACACCCUGUUGAGUUGCUACAGACAACUUUCGAAGGAAAUGAAGCAGGGAAGAGGAUUAUACAGGUAGUUAUAGCUACUCGAAAGCAGGCAUUUGAUCUCGACUAGUAGGGAUCACGACUAAACUCAAACUCUGUCUAGAACAAACUAUGACUCGUGCAUACACCUGCCUGAGAAAUAACUACUUGUACUUUUAGCCAAUUAGAAGUUCUUGUUGACAAACAAACACAUUGAAAGUCAAACAGUCACUAAACUUCUACAAUCAGGCUUCGCGCGACCCUCAAGCUACCUCUCCAAAUGCCCUGACUGGUGGCCCCGAUCCCGUCAUCGGACAGAUCACCACCCGAACCCGCGACCCCACCGCUCUAGUCAAGUUUUACACGGAAGUCAUGGGCAUGACCUUACUGGAAAAACAAGACGUUUCGCGCUAUGGCUUCGAUCUCUAUUUCUUCGCGUACUGUGAUGCGCCAUCCGCACAACUCCAAGCCAGUAUCCAAGCACGCAGAGAAUGGCUGUAUCAACUGCCAGUGACCACUCUGGAAGUGCAGCAUCAUCGUGGAACUGAUCCGAAGGGGCCGAGACUUAAAGGUAUUGAAGAUAGUUCGAUGGCUUCAUGUCACUACAAAAGAUUAAGAUUUUGAAAUUAGGCAACAUAGCCUAUUUCAUCAUGUUGUUCAAUCAUGUUUUCUAGUCCCUUACUGUGUUCUGCCUGAAAGAAUCCACCACCCUCACAAACGGACUAAUCCAAGGUCCCGAUGACAUCCCAGCGUCAGCUGCAGCCUUCGAAGGCAUUUCGGUAGGGGUGUCUGCCGCUGAUUUCCGCCGCAUAUCUAAUCAUGCCACGUUCGACGCCAAGACAAACACUGUAAUUGACCCAGAUGGCUUGCGUAUCGAUGUCAUUGUCCUUGGACAAGAUGGCAAGGUUGCCUCAAAUUGUACGAACACCCUGCUUCCGGCGCGUCUCAAUGUCCCACAAGUAGUAGGACAUCAAGAUGAAAAUCAACUCUCGGUGCCUGGUUCUCCCCGAGCUGGAUCUCACUCUCCUCGCAUGAGAAGUCCUAGAAUCAGCGCUUUUCUGCAGCCUUCGAUGGCGCCACAUCCAGUGUCUCCAGCACUAGAAGGAUCGGACUGGAGUCGCGUGUUUGGACAAGGUCCGAUGCCCAGCUCUCCGCGUUUGGGAGCUCAUACAAGAGCCCAAUACGCAGCAAUGUCUUCAUCUAGUAGUGGUGCGAAUAAAGGCGCUUCUACUUCUAGCGGGACAUCAAAUAAAAGUAGUGGUGGAAGAGCAGAUUGGAGUGUCGUUGUCACUCGCGAGAUCGACCCUCUCCACAAGUUUCCUGGCGCACCACAGUUGAAGCUGCUCCAGUUCCCGUGCCUGGAUGACAAUUAUGGGUACCUGUUCCACUUGCCUGGAGGCGGUGCCGGUCGCGUGAUCGCAGUUGACCUGCCCCAAGGCUGUGGUGCAGAGUAUUGCGAACGCGCCAGGGAAACGUUUGGAUCUCCGAUCACCGAUGUCUUGGUCACCCACUGGCAUUGGGACCAUCUAGGCGCUUGGCCAGAGAUCAAGGCGAACAAUUUCGCUUUGAAUAGCGGCGUUCGUCCUCGCAUGUUUGGAAGCAGGGUUGAGUUGCCGAACUUGCAACGCUACGCGUCAGAAAGCGAUUUUGACGACCUGCUCAAACAAGGAGAUAAGUUGACCAUUGGAGCAGGCGGCGGAAGUUCUGUCUCUGGUGGAGGACAAACUGCGACGACGCCUCUGGAAUUUGAGAUCAUCCACGUUCCAGGCCACACUUUAGGACACAUCGCGUUCUAUCUGAAGAGUCAUGGCUUGGCUUUUACGGGAGAUAUCAUUUUCCCAAUGGGUUGUGGACGUGUGUUUGAGGGAGAUGCAGCGGAGAAUUACAGGUACAACUAGAAUUACAGGUACGACUAGAUCUCUUAAUGUACCUCUAUAUAUUAUACCAAAUAUUCUCUCUACGCACAUCCACACUUUUGUUGAUGAAUUUGCAUUCGAUAUGUGUGAUUUUCUCCAUAAUUUGGUCCACAACUUUUAAUCAUAAGUACAUCCAUAACCAUAUUAAACUCAACCUGCAUUUUCUUUCAUCCUUGUUUCUGCUCCUGCUCAGGACCCUGA